AUGUCGUUCUGUCGUGCUUGUCAUCGAGAACCAGAAAACACUCAGAAGGUCGCUAUUUCAAAUGCUAUUGAGGAGGAGAAGGAGGUGCCUCAAUUCACCUACCUUGCACAAUCCAUGCGGCUGUCCGACCCACAGUUGGUACGACCACGCUCAAGCCUCUGUGACAGUGAUACGGUUUACCUGAGAGAGGGAAACGUGUCGCCUCUGUCCCCUGCUUCGCCUAAAUUUCCCCUGAGCAGCGCUCAGGCACGUCUGCUCAGGAGUUUUGCUUUUGCACCUGUCUGUACACUCUGGAUCCCUUCUAUGCCUAAGCCAAUCGCCUUCAUGCCAGCCGUCUUGCCCACAUGCACACUCUACUGCCUUCUCAAGCUUGGCGAUUUUGUGGACCAAUCACAGUGA